UAGUGAACUAAUUGGUUCUUUGCUAUAUUUCGAGUCUUAUUUUGAAGCAUUUAGCUGUUUUGUCACAAGUACUUGAGUUUGGUCGACACCUCGGACGUCUUUUGUUCCUCCGCCAGCACUCCUACUGUGUGUUUUUGCCCCAGGCGGACCUAAAUAAUCUGCGAACAUAUUAUUUAUUUUUGGAACGAUUUGACCACCGCGAUAACUUUGAAGCAUUCGAGGGUCGGUAAAAUGUUUUGUAAGAGGUUUUUACAGAUCAUAUUGCGUCUGUCCACUUAUGGCCGGUUUGGUUCCUGGUGCUGAACUUGGAGCUGGUUUCUUAAGCGCGUGUGCAUCGUGACAUUGAGCCUUUACCUUUCAGAAGCGUGUUCGUGGAGACAAAGCACUCACCCCUCAGCUUUCUGCGGAGUUGUAGCUCCCAUGCCGUGGUCAUAUUCGCUAGGAGUAGCAACCAGAGAGAUUAUUUCUUGUUUGUCUUUGUAUUAUUAUUAUUAUAUUUCUUCACUAUAUUUCUGUCUACCGUGUAAGAAACACUUCCCCGCAGCUCCUCGGCUGUUACAUCCACCAUGAACCACUACAGUCCUUUACUUUGUGUGUGUCUCUGUCUCAUGUAUGAAGUUAUUCAUUGCAGCAAUUAUGGUAAAUGCAGCUUUAUGUAUUCUGUAGUUAUGAAUUAGUAAAACUCUAUUUUGAAAAAUAAGAUACUUUUGAAAAAAAAAAUACGUAAAAAUAAGCCAACGUGAUGCAACAAAGGUGUUUGUGUAUAUAAAGUAUCAUGUACUUGCUGAUAAUUUAACUGAUUUUAAAUGUGGUUAAAAAAACGGUUUGAGUUUAAACUGAACUUUAAAUCCAAUCUAGUUUCUUCAUCAGCUACAAUAAUCCCAGUGUUCCUACAUGUAUUGGUUCCUCACAGACCACUGUGGAGCAGUGCUGCCUGCAGUGGUCCCCUGUGUUGUCACAUAUGGAAUACCAGAGAUGCCAUGUUGGUGCUUCAGGCAGGACUGAGUGCAGACCACUCGAUGGCUCCGAUCGACUGUAAACUUGACAAAUAAACUUACAUUGUUGCAUCCUAUUGUUCUCGUCUGUGGUGACGUAACGUUGUGCCGACCGACCCGUGUGAAAGGGCUAAUUGGAACAAAUGCAAAGUUCAAGGUGCCACGUUGUGAGGAAGUAGUUUGUCCCAAUUGACUGCAACAGUACUUGCUUUGUGAGGGCAGCUGCAGUACGUACUAAACGUAAAAAAGUAUGCGACUUAGAACGCAGCUAAAAUAAGCAUUUAGCUCCAAGCUCCAUGUUUUCCUCAGGAGUUGGUGCAGACCAAAACCUCAACACACCAUCCUGUAAGUGCCAAUGUGUGAAUUGUCUGCAACCGCUUUACAUCCAGUAGAUUCCAUCCAGUAAAUGGCAUCAAGCUAUUUGACUAACAGGCUAAGCUUAUGACUUUUAUCCUGGACUGCAUACUCUAUCAGGAUAAUGUUAUCUAUUGGGAGCUGAGCUCUUUCCUCACACCUCUAUCUCUACAUAUAGUAGUUUGCUGCUUUAUUAAUGCUCUGAAUGUCGUCCAUUACUCCUUUAAUUAUGUUUUACAGUUGGGGUGGCUCUAAAAACCGCCAACAGGGGUAUACGAGUCGCUUUAUAAAAAAAAUCAUGUUCAUCAGCAAUUAAAGUAUGAAGGUGAUUAAAAAUAAUGCUACGAGUGUUUUUGAGCUGUUAAAGAUGACCUCUGACAGAACACAAGGAGGAACAUAUCAAAAAUAGAAACUCAAUACUUUCUCAUUUUUACACUUUCAACCAAUGUUUAUUGUUAUUCAUAUUGUUUUAUUUGUGAUUUGCCAAAGUAAGAUCUUUGAAGUUUUUUGAUUUAGGAAAAACCGAAGAACUCAGAGCAUAUUGUUUGAGGCGGAUCCACAUCUAUCUUCCUCGAACCAGUUCCCUUCUAGCCAUAUUAAUACAGGUCAAUUGAACUUGCACUCUCUAUAGCAGUCCUCCACCUCAGUCAAAAACGCGCCCCGGAGCUCGCGCGCUACCCGGAAACGGAAAAGACCAAGGAGGCGGAGAUGACGUCGGUGUUUACAGCACUCAAUUGUGUCCCGUCGCGAGCUGAACGUGAGCUGAGAAAGCGCCUACAGUAGAAUCUCCAUUUCACACAUUUCCCCGCGUUGUUGUCGUAUUUUAAUGGGGGGUCACGGGAGCGAGCCCGAGUCGAUCGACUACUCGGUGCACGAGGCCUGGAAUGAGGCGACCAACGUGUACCUGCUGGUGAUCCUGGUCAGCUUCGGCCUGCUGAUGUACGCCAGAAAAAACAAGAGGAAGAUCAUGCGUAUCUUCACUCUGCCCCCCACCGUUGGCAGCAGCCCGGAGCCCAACUUCUACGACAGCCUGCAGAAGGUCCGCCUGCGGCAGCAGCUGGAGAUGUACUCUCUGGCCAGGAAGUUUGACCAGCAGCAGGGCCAGACAGACAGUGUGCAGCUCUCCAUGGAAUGAGAGCAGAAGGAAACUCCUCCACCUCGUCAUCAGAGGAAACACUCCUGCAUGUUCGAGCCCUCUGUACGUGGAAAUGGAGGGAUUUUAAAUGGCUGUCCCGAUCAGAGAUGGAGCAGAAGACGCUGCGCUGAGAGGCGUCUUCGUUCACCUUCUUGUUGUCUCUUUGUCGUCUAUCACUAGUGGAGUAAAUGCAGCCGGACGGAUGGAGAAGCAGCACAUGGAGCAGAGACUCUAACAUGGAUUGAGAAGUGAUGAAGAAGUUAAUCAUGAAGAUUUUUUUUUGCACAUAUAACACGAUCCUCCAGAUAUAAUGUAGGUUCUAGUUGGUUUCCGUUUGUUUUCUACUUGUUUGUUAAAUGUUUUGUCAUUUGUCGUGAAAUCAAGAUUCUCACAUGUGAAAAUAAAGAUACUUUAACCAUCA